UACAUACAUGAGACACCCGGAAAAAAAAAUCUCCCCUUCCCGGGAAUUUUUUUUUGUCUGCAAGAAGUGUCAAAACUUCAACAUUCAAACGGCCAGCGUUGUUUGGAAAUAUUCUAACUGAACAGAACCAGCAAAUCAAAACACCUACCUGUAUGUGUGUGUGUGUGUGUAUGUGUGGGUUAGUUAAAAAGAUCAGCACGAGUGACCAGGAAAACACGUGUUUGGAUUUCAGAAGGAGAGGAAUAUUCUGCAAAGGAUGAAGCUUGGAGGGAAAUUACUAAUUAUUAAGGAACCGUGGGGAAAUCUUUGAAAAGGAGUCGCUUGGGAGGGCAUUUAUUUCAAUGACCACGUUAAAUUUCUCCAAGUUUCAAUGCUGUAAGAGACAGUUCGGCUCGCAGUUAAUUUCUGGUGAAUAUCAUAAAUUCACCGCCCCUGACAGCUCAGUGUCCGCCAGGAGCGAGCUGCAAGUUUUGGGAAUUGUCAAUGUUACGUGAGGCGAUCGGUUCUGAAGAUUGGAACACCCGGCGAGAUGACAGCCCAAGAUAAGUGUUCAUGCUGAGAUCAUGCGAGUGAGAUCAAGCAUGUUCCGUCUGCCCAGCUGGAGAUGGUAUUGCUGGAAAUCUUGGCUGCUGGCUGCGUUGGUCCUGGGAUGUGGAGCCCUCUACAGUGCUCAGACUGCACCUCAAAAGCUAAGAAGAUCUCAAUGGCUGAACAGAAUGCGUCAGCGCCGUCAGAUUUGGUCCAACGAGUGGUCGCCGUGGGGCAGUUGGAGUGCUUGUUCCAGUACGUGUGGUGGGGGAGCAUCUUUCCGGACCAGGAGGUGUCUGAGGUACGUGAACACAAAGGAUUGCCCAGGGGAUCUGAGACAGUACAAAGUUUGUAGUGUUCUGGACUGUCCUCCAGGAUCUGUCGAUUUCCGAAAGAUGCAAUGUUCACUCUACAACAACAAGCCGAUCCAGGGCAAUUUGAUGAACCACCAGUGGCUACCAUUCUAUGGGGCUCCCAAUCAAUGUGACCUCAACUGCCUUGCCAAAGGGAAGAAUUUCUACUACAUGUUUGGUCGUGUACUAGAUGGGACAAAAUGCAGCCCUGACUCAUCGGAUAUGUGCAUUAAUGGGCAGUGUCUGAAAGUAGGUUGCGACAAGAUCCUCGGCUCAAAGGCCAGAACGGACGUCUGCGGGGUUUGUGGAGGACGGAACGACUCGUGCAUCCUGGUCCGGAGAGUUUACCGCUCAGCGUUCCCCUCCUCUGGCUACUUUGGUUACAAUAAUGUAACUGUGAUCCCAACAGGAGCCACGAACAUUAAAAUUACAGACAACAGCAGGAACUACCUAGCCCUAAUAAAUGGCAAAAAUCACUAUGUGAUUAAUGGGAACUGGGUAAUAGACUGGCCUGGAGAAUAUGAUGUCGCUGGCACCAAAGUACUGUACAAGCGUUCUUCUAGUAACCAUGAGACAAUUGAGGCUACAGGACCAACAGGAGAGGACCUCCACGUGAUGGUUCUUCUACAAGAGGAAAACUCGGGUAUUGAAUAUGAGUUCUGGCUUCCUAAUGAGCGCUAUAGCCAUUACCAGGGAGGACACAGUCCACUGAGGCAGCCUGAGAUCGCUGUUAUAGAUGCCGACCAUCCUCUCAGUUACCUGCCCUGGACCCAGACCACAACAGCUUCCACUACCACCGUCACCACGACUACCACCAGCCCAGUCAGAAAGCCAGUCGUCUACCCAGGCUGGGUACACCCUGCACAGCGAACACCAGUGCAUCCUCCUCAAGUUGAUCAUUUUCAAAAUGUAUUACCAAGGGAUCCCAUCCAAUCCACCCGCCAUGAACCCAGUUACUGUAGAAAGUGUAAGAAGUCAAAAGGAAAAUCUCAAAGGAUUAAACAGUACUGCCAGAAAGACUUUGUUUUUCGUGGAAGAGUCCUCAGCAAGGCAAUUGUGGGGUCGGAGACUCGGUACGAUGUACAAGUCAGGCAAACGUACAAGAACAAAUAUCCCAUUGUCCACAGGGAAUACAUCUGGGUGCCAAACACAUGUGACUGUCCAUAUAUUCUAGAAAAGCGAGAGUACAUCAUGAUGGCAAAGCGACACGUGAACUUUGAGCAAACGCUGAACCGAAUUCUACUGGAACACAACAGUUUUGUCAGGCUCUGGCAGCCAAAGGAAGACUUGAUGCUACGAGACAUAGACAAAUAUUGCCACCGGUACUCAUAAAGCAAAGUCUAACAUGUUACAAAUAUUUUACAACUCGGUCCAAUAUUGGAUAGUAUUUGGGAAGAGCCCAUGACAUUGCAAUAGAAAACCAUAUCAUUCCAUCAAUUAUGUGCAAAUCUCCUGUUAAGCAACCACUCACAGCUUAUAAUAAGUUCCUUUUUCUAAGCCACCAAGGACAGUACCUGGAAGGAGUUAUUUGGAGAUGACUCUGUGGGUCAAGGCACUGAAUUGUCGGAAAUGAGUUAAUGUGGCCGCUUUGUCCAUGCUUAAUUGAAAUGAAGAAAUAUGUCUUCAUAUUGAAAACAAUUAUUGGAAGCUUUCAGAAGUUUAUAUGUGGUCAGUCUGAACAGUGUCUGGUUUUUCUGUAAGGAAUGUUCUCUAUGAUGAACUAUUUGAUGUGCAAGGUGCCAUGAUGUCCAAUUUUGUUGAUGGUAACAGAAUCUAUAUUUUUAAACAAGUCAACCCAAUUUUACAUUAUUGUGACUGGAGCACAAUAAUAACUUUUCUGCUGCACCUUGGAAGUAAUGCACUUCAUUAUUUUGUAACAAUUUCUCUCCAUGUAGUUGGGACAUCUAUUCCCUGAAGGAUGCUCCCAGGUUUGGACAGUUUUACAUUGCAUGAUCCUAUGUUAUUUUAAGGACAGGCAUUCUGUAUUAUACCUGGCAUGUUCUGAAUUUUGGGUGACGUAUUAGUAAAUGCCAAUUAUUUUUUAUCAUUUAUUUAAAUACAUAUAUUAAGUAUCUCACUAGUAUACUGACACUAAUCACUUUGCAUGGUACAUUAUGUAUCUGAGCAUCAAAGACAUUUUAAAGAAUUUUUAUUGUACACUGCCAUUAAAAUUGGCAAACAUUAAUUACCUUGAAUCAUUUCACCUCUGACAUUCACUAAUGCUCAACCAUCUGAAACUUAUGAAUAUCAACUAAAAGCAAAAUCUGUAAGGUUACAACAGGAUGUUACUUUACCUGACCAAUGACCUGUAUAAUGAAAACUUAACAGAGGAUUUGAAAGUAAUAAUAUUAAAAAAGUAAAAUAUUAAACAAACCAUUUAUAGAAUUGGAGAAGCUACUUAUUCAGCAUUACUUCAAGGUGGGAAGGUAUUUAGUUGUUCUGUAUCACUUCAUGUUAACGUGCAAGGUCACUUACAUCAGUAAUGAAAACAUAAAACAUUUCAUCGCUAUUGUCCACCUUGCACUGAGGAGUAUUGGAUCAAUGACAUAGAUGUAAAGAGAAGCAAAAGAGAAUCUAGUAAACAGGUAAAGGAUGAAGAGGAAGCAAGAGCAGCAUGAUGUCAGAACAUAGAGGAGGACAGAAAGCAAAGAUUGUCACUGAUUGUUCAGUGAAUCAGGGGAACAGAUCAUCAGAUAAAACACAGAACAUGUGAAAUGUAGGUGAUUACUGCUAAACCAGGAAGCAUGACAAAAAGAAGUUUAGAAUGGGAGCAUUAUGGGGCACUUUGCAAUUCAGAGUUCAUUAAUAUCUGUAAAGGGAGGACUUCUGAUUGUCCUAGCCAGAGCAGGCUGGCUUUGUAACUUGGUCCGCCUGAAUAUAUUCACCUCUUUCUUUUGGAGGUUAACUGGGAAGUUACACUUAUGAUUCUGAACAAAUGAAGGAUUUCUGUUCCCUGAGCGCAAUUCUGAAGAAGAGUCAAACUGGACACGAAACGUGAACUCUGUUUUUCUCUCUCUACAGGUGCUGCUAGACCUGCUGAGUUUCUCUAGCACUUUCUGUGUUUGUAUCAAUAAAGUAGAAAUUUUAGAAUUAGACUUAUUGUCAUGUGUACUCGAGAACAGGAAUAUAGUGAAAAGUACACAAGUGGCCAUUUUGUGGUGCCAUUUUAGAACACAAAAGACAAGAUUAGAAAACAGAUGCAGAAAGAAACAGCCAGAUCACUCCCCUGCCUCUGCCAUGAAUCCUUGCUGCCAGGAAAACAAAGAGACAAAGUCCAUCCCUCAGUCUAUGAACACUCAGAUGCCCUGAGCCCUCCCACACACCCACCCCCCAACUUCACCAUCAGGCACCAGGGCCCAGCCAUGGCCUGGCACCAUGCCAGGUGAGUUUCUCCGGUUAAAAAAUGAGGUCUGCAGAUGCUGGAGAUCACAGCUGCAAAUGUGUUGCUGGUCAAAGCACAGCAGGCCAGGCAGCAUCUCAGGAAUAGAGAAUUCGACUUUUCGAGCAUAAGCCCUUCAUCAGGAAUAAGAGAGAGAGAGCCAAGCAGGCUCAGUUUCUCCGGUUGUUACACAUACUGACCUCAGAAGCAAAUGAGUGACAAUCCUUUGGCCUUUGCCGUUUAAUUCACUGUCACUUCUCUCCCAGGAAUCUCAGAUUUCUAUAGUUCUGAUGAAGGGACAUUCACCUGAAACAUUAACUCUGUUUACUGUCUCAUUGAUGAUCACCAGUUGGCUGGAUGCAUCCAGCAGUUUUUAUUUUAUGUAGUAAAAUUACUUCUGUUCAGUACUUCGGGUGUAGUAGUAACAGUAUUCUGAAAACGUACUGCUGGAAUAUUGGCCGCAGACAAUCUUCCAUUGUUUUUUUAGAGCAUUGAUAUUGUAACCAGAACUUAGCAUUCUCAGAAUUAGGAAAUUCCAACAUUACUGAUGCCAUUUCUGAGGAAGGGUCACUGAACCCAAAACAUCAACUCUGAUUUCUCUCCAUAGAUGCUGCCAAAGUUGCUAAGCUUGUUUAGCAAUUGCAGUUUUUUGUGUUGAUGCUAUUGCCCUCAGAGGGUAAAAAAGAAAAUGCAUAGUUCGCUAUUACUUACAGAAAGAGAGAAUUUCCGCUCAUUAUCAUAAAAAAAUUCAUUACAGUCUUUUUAUAGUAACAGUAUUAUUCUUGGAUUAGUAAACCAGGAGUGCAGGUUAAUGCUAUCUGGGUGUAGAUUCAAAUUCCUCCAUGGCAGUUGGUGGAAUAUAAAUACAGCUUUAAAAAAGCUAGCCUAGUACUGGUGACUCUCUAAUAAUGUUAAAAAUCCACCUGGUUCACUAAUUCCUUUUAGGGAAGGAAAUCUGCCGUCCUUACCACAUCGGGCCUGCAUCCGACUCCAGACUCACAACAAUGUGGUCGACACUUAACUGUCCUCUGAAAUGGCCUAAAGACCAUCUCAGAUCAAGGCCAAUUACAGAUGGACAACAAAUGCUUGUCUUACCAGCAGCACCCACCUCUCAUUAAAUAAUAUAAUCUUAUAAUAUUGCAAUUUCAAACCGGUUGAUUUAGUGGAAAGUUCCAACCCCUCCUAAUGUUCCUCAAAACAGCAUGCAUCAGCAGAAAUGUUUAUACCUCAGGCCUAGUCCAAAGAAUCCAUCUCCAAAAAAAACACAAAGACCUGAUAUGGAAACAUGGCUUGAGUUACUAAAGAUAAACCAAGUCGUAGCUAGAACAUUAAAACCGGAUACUGAACUUGAAUUUCCAGGGAAUUGUGUUUUUUUUCAAUUUACUUGUUAAAGAUAGAUAAGGCAAUGUUGCCAAAGAUCAAGUUUUAUUUGUUUUUACAUGUGUAAUAAAAGGGAAAAUGUGCUUUGACCAAAUAUACUUCAAUGGUGCUCCAAUGUAAUGUAAUCUUUAAAGUCAGAUUGAGACUCUUCAUUUGUUCAUUUUAAUCAAGGAAUAUUCUCAGACUGUGCCUCUGCUCAUCUUUUUAAGUUAAAAAUCACACAACACCAGGUUAUAGUCCAACAGGUUUAAUUGGAAGCACUAGCUUUCAGAGCACCACUCCUUCAUCAGGUGGUUGACAGUCCAACAUGCCAGUCCAACACUGGCAUCUCCAAAUCACAUCUUUUUAAGGAAUUUGUCACAUUCAGCUGGAAACAGUCUGAGACAACCCUUAUUCAAAUAGCAGGCACUGUAACAUCAGCAAGUGUUUCUUUGAACAUGCUUGUUUUAAUGGAAAUAAAGUGAUAGCAUGUAGAGAGUUCACAGUGUCUGAUUGAGGGACUUAGUAUUGCAAAAGGAAGGUGAGAACCACCCACAAUCAUUUCUGUGUACACCCCUACCUCACCAUCUCCAUCCUAUGAACUUCCUCCUACCACCACUCACCUGUGCCUGGGCCCAUUCUCAAUCCUGUGCCUCAGGUGGUAGAACUUCCAGCUUCUGUUAGCCAGUAGAUCUCCACAGCUGAGACUUUUGCUCCUCUGGUCUUUGAUCCCAGGUGUGGUCGACUUCCACCCCAAAUGACCAUUGGCUCUGUUUAUUUGGAGUUCAGUUACAAGAUUCCAAAGAUCCUAAGAACAAAACUAAGAGAACACUAGGACAGCUAUGAAAACUACAUGAGCAAAAGUAAUUGAACUCUCAAAUUCCCAAACCUUUUCCCACUGUGACCCCAUUUUGAGGGUUGAAAAUUGUCACAAUACCUCUUAGUGAGGGAAAUGUGUUAGUGAGAGCUAGGGCCUGUUAAAGAGGGAAUACAGCUGUUAUGACUUAGUUAGAAUUCCAGGUUGGACAUUACUGCCUCAGAGCUCACAUCCCCAAACUUUCAGCUUGCAACCUUACCUCCCAACCAGACAUAUUGGGAGCACUGAUUUAAGAGUGUAAGAGUCUAUAUAACUUAUGGGUGGUUUAACUAUCCUUCCAUGUACUGUGAUAGCAUAUUCAUGACUUGUAGGUGCAUUGGUAUCUUGCAUAUUAUUAAAGAGCUAAUUGCUUUUGUGUUGGUCUGCCACAA